GUAAGUAUUUACAUAUAUUGUAAACUUUGUGUGUUGCAUGUGGCACAUAUAGUUUCAUACAGCAUAAAUAUGUAAUGGACUGAAAAGAAGGCGAUGGAGUUUAAUAUUUAAUUAAUAUGAACUGCCAGAGCUAUAGCGGGGUCCAAAGUUUAGUUUAGACCUUUGUAAUAUUUAUCAACAUGGUCAAUAUCGCAUUGAAAGGAACGCAGCCUUGUAAUUAUUUUUGUUCUUCAUGCAUUCAUCAUUUAUCAUGAUUGCGGGGUUGACAUUAAAUUUUUAUUUCACAUACUUACCUACAUACACGGAUUGGCUGCAUAUGUACCUUUGUACAUACAUAGAUACUUGUAAAGCAUGUAUGUAUUUAUAUACACCCUGGGGACAUAAGUAUUGGAUCUCGAAAUCGCGUUCCAUUCAAUCGCUUAUCAUGUUAUCACCUCUAUGUCCGAAUCGUAUCAUAUCUCUACAUUUAGUUCUCAAUUUAUAAAAUUUAAGAAAUGAGAAUUGCGAAAUUCUUGGAAACGGCUUAAAAAAAGAAAAAGAGACAUCUUUGGAUUAUAAUUAGGAAAUAAUAGAUUGACUGGCGUUAAUAUUCUACAGCAUUUUAUAGCAUUAAAUGCAAAUCUUCCAAACUUAUGUCGCAAUAAUACCAACCGACUGGAGUCAAGCUUGAUGUGCGUAGUUCGUAUGGAGUUUGAUGUACGGGUCUUCAGGCUUCAUUUUUGCGUGGAUUUGUUCAUGAAGAAAUAUGUAUGCUUCGGGACAAUCUUUGAUUAGUGUGAAACAAAACUAUGUACACAGAUUUGUGCAUUCUUAGCACGUCUUCUAAUUUCAGGCAUGUAGAUCAUAUUUGACGAGUGGAAUUUGCUUUCAUUGUCCUAAAACGAUGUCAGUUUGGACAUUUUUUCAGAUAUCUAUAAACGUGUUUGAUAGGAAUUACUAGCGUAAACUAAAAAUUGUUACCAUCUGUUAGCACACCAGGUGCGUCAAUCAAUAUUUAGUACUAGUGAACAAAAUUCCAUGCAUUAUCUACACUGACAUUGACAUUAUUAAUGACAUAAUGUGCAGUGCAAAUUCAUUAGUAGUAAUCAUUCAUAUGGACUUGCCUUAAAUGUAGACGAUAUCAGUAUCUUUCGAUUUUUCCAGUUUUUUUUAGAUCAUCUAUUUUUUUAUCGGAUUAUUAAUAUGUAAGAUUGACCAGAACAACCAUCAAUUGUUUAUCAAAAGUAAGGUGCCUCCGAACUUGUGCUGGAUGGACUAAAACUAACUAGACUACCAAAGUUUUGGGCCAAUACUUUUGUCCUCCAAGCACUUUGAAACACUAUGUUUAUACUAUCAAAAUAAUACCACAAACAUAUUAUUGAAGCGAAUAAUAAAUUGCGAACUAAAUGUAACUACUACAUAUGGAGCGAUUCUGUUACCUUGCAUAGACGUGACAACCGGUUGAAAUUUCGAGAUUAAUACUUUUAUCCUCAUGGUGUACGUAAAUGUAAUCAGUCAUUCCAUCAUUUUAUGGUAUUUUUUAAUUUUUUCCAAUUACUUGCAACCCGUGGCUGGUAAUUAUUAUGAAAUACAGGUUGGAUUCAAGAUUAUUCCUAUAGACUCUAUAGCGUAUUUCCGCGGAGUGAAUUGUAUUACUGUCACAAUGACAUUAUCAUUACUUACUUAUAUACAAUUCAGACAAUUCGGAAUUUCGGAACACAUUAAGAGCCUUGGGUUGGGUUAAAUCGUUUAGGUUGUUAUACAUUGCAUUAUGGUCACUAUAUUUAUUUUUGCAUAUGAAUAAAUUGCAUGAUGCGAUGAAUAAUGUGUUUAAUUACUUAUUGGGUUCGAUUGCAUAAAUAAAUAAGUGAUUAUGGGUUGGAUACACAUGCAUCAUUCUAUCAUUCUACCUAAGAGAAUUAGAGACUUCCAAAUUUACAGUAUCACAUCGCAUCGAGCAAUCCUCGACAACCACUCUGGUUCCAUAUUAUUGUGGUUAAAUUUUCAUAGAUAGAUAAAUAUAUCCAGAUAGACCAAACAUCAUAAGUUGAGGAGUACGUGUAGUAUACAUAACAUACAUACAUAUAUGUGUUAUGUAUGGGGCUUGUCAGGAUAAUAUGGGGCAUGGCUUAUCUCACUAAUAUCUCACAAAGUUCUAAACUGUGCUUGACGUUUUAUUUACUAAACAAAGAAGAAAGUGGUUCAAAGAGAGCCAAAUAAAGGUUGCAUUCUGCUCAUUCGUGUUCUUUGUGAUUACAUGUAAUCAGUGCACUUGUACUCGUGGGUAUGUACGUAAAAUUGAGAAAUUAAUGUCUUUGAAUAAAUACCAACUCAAUUUUGUGAUUCUGAUUUUGCGUGUGCGUUAAUUGGUAUGCCAUUUAAGUUUUUAUUCAAUAACUGCAUCGCGAGGCGACUUAAUAGAUGCAAAGUACAUACAUACAUACAUUCAUACAUAGCCUGCGGUCAUACGUACUUUUUAUUUCUUGGGCACCGGUGUUGCAACGAGGCAUUUAAUUUUACCAGCUUGGUCUAUAUACCCAAGUAAAUAAUGUGCCUGUUGAUAGCUAACCUGGUGAGGAUCAUCCUGAGGAUGGACUUUUCUCUGAAGCUUUUUUAACAAUAGGAAAGAAUAAAACCCGUCGUCUUUGCAGCACAAGUAAUAACGUGUGUGCAAUCAUACCUCAUACUUAUAGGUGACAAACUUUAUUUUUUGUGGUCAGUAAAAUAUUUUCAAUAUUUUAAUACGACAUAGUGAAAUGCAGCGAUCAUUGUAUAAAACUAGGAAUUUAAUUAAUGUAAGCCAAUAAAGGGAAUUAAUGCAAUCAGUCAGGGCCGCUUAUACGAGUUGUGCCUCUACGUAUGUACAUACAUUAAGUAUGACAUAUGUGUACUACGGAGAUAUUCAUUCCAUCGUGUUUUAGGGAUAGGUGCCGUUUUGAAGAUUUAUAGAAUGAAAGUGAUUGUUCAAAGGAUGAAAAGGAGACGUGGAUUCCUUUAAGACAACUAAAUUGAUAACGACGGCUAAAAUUCCAACGAAUUCUUUGCACUGUUCUUUGUAAAAAGACCUGCUACAGAACAUUAAAAACUUGUGGCCAAGCACUCGCCAAACUAACCCAUUAAUCCAUUUAAUAUAUUUAUUACUGCACAUUUAACGGCUCACGCUCAAUUCAUGGCUGUGAUUCUGUGACUUACAAACAUUACAAAAUUACGAAAAAUGUACUGAAAAUGGAUCAAAGUAUUUGAGGACGAAUUAUAGUGUCAGACAUUACUUCAGUUUUGACAUUGUUGUAAAAAAAGUUGCAAACAAAGGAAGAUAUUAUGGGUUAUGUAAAAGGAAUCUCAUUUGUCCUCCUCUGGUAUAUUGGGAUAAUUUGGUCCGUUAUUUACAUUUAUGCCCCCUUCUUAAUCAUACUUCUCAUCAGCCGAAAAUGGUUUCGAAAAGCAACCGAUAUUAUUCUAUCCUGUUGGGAAAUGUAUCCCGCAUCGCUUUUGGAACUAAUGAUGGGGUGUCGCAUCUGCCUCUCUGGCGAUGACAUUAACCCGGACGAAAGUGCAAUCAUUAUCCUCAACCAUCGAAAUCGCUUGGACUGGUUCUUUUUAUGGGCAGCUCUACUGCAUGCCUCCAAACCCCCUGCACAUCGUUGCAAAUUUGUCCUCAAGUCUGACGUGCGCUGGAUCCCUGGAAUUGGUUGGGGCCUCCAAAUGGCCGGAUUUCUCUUUAUUCACAGAAAUUGGGAAAAGGAUCAGGAAUUGUUGAAAAGGUCACUGGAUUACUUUAAGGAUUUGAAGGAGAACUACCAGAUUCUUAUAUUUCCUGAAGGGACAAACUUGUCUGCAUCCACUAAAAAGAAGAGUAACGCAUUUGCGGAAAAGGCAGGAUUACCCGCUUACGAUUAUGUACUUCACCCAAGGACUACAGGAUUUAGAUUCCUUGUCCAACAAAUGCAGAAAAAUUCGCAACUAAAUGCAGUAUAUGAUCUGACCGUCGCGUACCCGAUAACGCUUCCCGUGAAUGAAACUGAUAUACUCAAAGGGAAAAUACCAGAGGAGGUUCACUUCAAUAUUUGCAGACACGGUGUGGAAACGUUGCCCAAGGACGAGGAAGGGAUAAAAACUUGGUGUGAACAACGUUGGGCUGAAAAAGAAGCGUCGCUGAAGAAAUUUUAUUCCAUAAAGCCAGACGAUCGAAGGUUGUCCUCCAGAGUCCGGUACGAUCGACCUUGGAAUGCAAUGUACCUUGCUUUAGUUUCUUGGACAGCGGUGACCGUGUUCACGCUGUAUCUCACUUUCUGCACAACGUGGGGUUUUUACUACACUUGUUUUUCCAUUCUGGGCUUUGUCCUGGUCUCCUACUUUACCUAUGGGAUUCAAAACUUUGAAAUUGACCUCUUUCGCAAAUAUGACUGUCCACCUGAGUCAGUUUCAAUGGGAAAAGAACAAAAUGGUUAUCAAAUCAGGGAAAAUGGGAAUAAAAAAGAAAAUUUGUUUGUUUGAAAAUUAUUUGUAAAAACAGGAAUAGAAUUGACUCAACCUACUUAUUGAACAGUGAACACGAAGAAAAAUAGCCAGACUCUCAACCUCAGAGUACUCAUCUUGGCCACUUAAAUAUGAGUAGACGUUAUAAUAUAUGUGAUAAAUUUCCUGAACUACAGAAAUUCAUGUACCUGUUGAAUUCAACUUUUACAACAAGAAAGUUCACUCAUUAUAAAGUGUCAAAUCUGAUAAGCUUGCAUGCUUGAGGUAAUAUAAGCAUAUAUUUGAUGACAUUGCUCAUCCUAUAUUUAUUUUCCUACCCAAGUAUAUAUUUAGUUUAUAUAUGACAUUCCUCAAUUACUUGGCUAAUUUUAUAAUAUGUACAACUUUAAAUUCUUUAAAGCCUUGUUCGAGCUAUUAGUUUCCCUACUAAUUUGGAUAUAUAAAGUUAAAGUUUUAACGCUUAUAAACCUGAACUAUCAGUAUUCAUGAGAUUGUUCACGAUUAAUUAAUGUUGUUGUUGUUGUGAUAAAUAGUCAUGUAGUAAAUUGACUCUUUACGAAUUCGACUUCAUAAUGUAUACUCACUCAGAUAAUAAAUGCUUGUUUCGAAUAACUCAAAUAAAGGUAACAGGAGCAACUC